AUGGGGUCUUUAAGAUAUCUCACACACUCAAGGCCGAAUAUUUUAUUCAGUGUGGGAUUCUUGAGUCGAUUCAAGGAGAAUCUGAAUACUGAGCACCUAAAAUAUGCUAAAAGAUUACUAAGGUAUCUUAGAGGCACAAUUGAUUUCGGUUUGACUUAUAAGAAAGGGAUUUUUUUUUGUCUUGAAGGGUAUAGUGACAGCGAUUAUGCCGGAGACCUUAUGGACGGAAAGAGCACUUCUAGUGUUCUCUUCUUUUUGGGUGGCAAUGUUGUGACACGGUCAUCACAGAAGCAACGUAUAGUUGCAUUAUCAUCGUGUGAGGCAGAGUAUGUGACCCUUACACAAGCUGCGUGCCAGAGAGUCUGGCUGAGUGAUAUGAUCAAUGAGCUGAUUGGAGAUGAACUCAAGCCAGUUAAAAUUUGUGUUGAAAACAAAUCGGCUAUAGAGUUAGCCAAGAAUCUAGCGUUUCACAGCCGGUCAAAGCACAUCAAGGUGCGUUAUCACUAUAUCAGAACCUGUAUAGAGGAAGGACAAGUGACGCUAGAAUAUACAUCGACGACUCAUCAGUGA